UGACUGCGAAAUGCCUUUUUCUCUGAUCUAUUUUAGAUUUGAAUAUGUAUUUUUGAAGUCGGAUUGCUCGAGUUUAUUAACCCUAGCUUCCGAUCUUUGUACGGCGGGUUGAAUGUAUACGCGUAUCUGUACGAGUACACUGAGGAUGUAUACGAUACUGUGCUGAAUCUCUGAAAUUGAUCUCCGUUGCUUGCUUAGCUUUGAGCUUGUGUUGUUGAUUUCCGGUGAAACAGUUUUAUUUCGAGGGAUUUGCAUUUUUAGGAGCUUGAGAUUUCAGAAACUGAGUAGGGCCUAGUGGAACUGUGGAAGAGAUUUUGGGGAAAUGAUUCUGAAAUGGCCAAAGUUGAGAUGGGUUGCUAGUUUGCGUUCCUCUUUAUGAUGGACCAGAACAACUCAACUAUAAGGACAUACAUGGCCAUCAUGGCUGAGAGGGAUGCUGCCAUCCUAGAACGGAACAUGGCCCUAGACGAGAGAAAAAGAGCUUUAGCAGAGCGAGACAUGGCGAUGUUGCAGAGGGAUGCUGCAAUUGCAGAGCGCAAUACUGCCCUAGAGGAACGUGAUAAUGCCAUAUCUGCCCUUAAAUUGCGGGAAAGCUCAAUGAAUGAUGAAGAUAUUGUUUCCAAGUCACCAGGAGCUGAACACAUCCAUUACCAGCAGGAGAUGCAUGAAAUGAUAAGUGCAGCUGCUUAUGACCCAACAGAAAACCUCACAAACGACCCCUUCAACGUGACAGAUCCUACUCCUCAAACUGCCAAUAAUCCCAGGAAGGUGAGGCAACCAAAAGAAAGCAAACCUAAAAAGGCAUCCAAGUUAGCAAGGGUGGUUAAAAGAGAGGAGGUGGAGGUCGAGGAUUUGAGUUGGCAGGCAGUUUCUACAUUCGAUGAUUGGGAUGAUGGGAACUGCGGGGAGUUUGUGGACGCCAGUGAUGAAGAACAAGACAAGCACCUGGAUACAUGGGAUGAAGAUUUCGGUUUAGAGCAGGUAAAUUCUGAUGUGUCUGCAAUGCCAGUGCCAGUUUGUUCCUGUACUGGAACCCCUCAACCGUGUUACAAAUGGGGGAAUGGUGGGUGGCAAUCAGCCUGCUGCACAACUACCAUAUCCAUGUACCCGUUGCCACAAGCAUCACAUAAGCGCUAUUCCAGAGUUGGUGGUCGAAAGAUGAGUGCAAGCGCAUUCAGUAAACUGCUCAGCCGUCUUACUGCCGAAGGCUAUGACCUGUCUGCUCCACUUGAUCUGAAGGACCAUUGGGCAAAGCAUGGCACAAAUCGGUAUAGUACAGUAAAAUAGCAUUGCCAGGGCCAAUGGCCAAGGGCCAGCCAGCAGAUUGUGCUAGCCUCCUCAUCUACCUUUGAUUAAAAUUAUCUACAUUCAUGACUCAUGGCGUGGAGAAAGAAUUCAAGAUGUAGCUCAAAGAUUUGAAUUCUAUUUACUGUGAUGGUAGGGUUUUCUUUCAAGAGCGAGCAAUCGUUAUUAUAACAACGUUGUUCUGAACAUAUUUUAUUUCGAGCAUACAAUCAAAAAUUGAACUGACAUGAGAUUGUAAUUACAAAAUGCAUAUGGUAUCUGCCAAAA